AAGGAUGGGGAGGCGCCGCCAUUAUUCCGUCAGGCUGCAGCGGUCAGCAGAUAUUACAGUCGCGGGUUUGAUUAUAGCUGAAAGCGAUGCAGGACAAUACCAUUAAGGGAAACCACUUUCUAGUCACUAACAGGAGGAAGCGUCUGCGGCACGGUGGGAACGUGAACUUGGUUGCUGCAUAGGAUGGAAAGGGCUUCGGGCAUGAGUUUGUCAGAUGAGGAGGAUUAUGCGGAUAUCCGGGCCUAUUUCUCCAAGGCUGAAUGGGUUCGGCUGCAGAGAUGCGAGAAGGUGCACUACAGGAACAUGAAGAGGAACCACCAGGCCAUGUUGGAUAUGGGGCUGAAUUCCACCACCCCAGUGUUCAUGAGAAGCAGCCGAUCCAGCGGGGUGAUGACGGAGAGGUUGGGCGGCGACAAAUGCAGCAAUUCGGAGGAGUGGACUUCUCACCUUCUGAGAAGGAGCCCGGGGGACAAGGCGAGUGGAGCAUCCAGGAGUCUCCAGCCUACAUCCAGGCGGUCCGGUCAGAGCAGAACCCCUGCUGUGGGAUCAGAGUCAUGUGCUACAGACCAGGGAAAGAGGCAGACGUCUUCCUGCAGUAACACCACCUGCCAUACAAACCAGCAACCUUCCCAGCAGGGUGUCAGAGAGGUUAAAAAAGAGGAGGGGGAAUACCUGAUAUCUGAGGGUGAAGGGACUGCGAAUGAGAGCCCCCCCAAGAAGGUGAAGGGUGCAGCGGUUCAGGAUGUGACUGAGGUGGAGCUGAUUGGUUCUCUUCUGUUAGUUACUGGUGGGCGGAGCAAACAGUGUGCGAAACCUCCAAACCCAGCAAGGAGAAUGAAUGAAUCUUACCCCAAGGAGUAUGUCAGACAACUGAGGGCUGGAACUGUCAACACAAACCAGGAUUCCCCAACUUCUGCUGGCCCCAGUGCCGCUCAGCCCAGUAAAGACACACUCAGUACCUUGGCAGAAGCCAAUACAGACACACUGACAGCACAGCAGGGUUCCCAGGGUAAGAAGACUUUCAAUAUAAACAGAGACUGUAAAAUACACAGGCAGACUCGCACAAAGAAGUCCCCUCGGUGUUCUGAGUGUGGGAAGAGCUUCAGUCAUUUAGGAAACCUAAAGACUCACCAACGGAUUCACACAGGGGAGAAGCCCUACCAGUGCACGCAGUGUGGGAAGAGCUUUAAUCGGUUAGGAACCCUAAAGACUCACCAACGGAUUCACACAGGGGAGAAGCCCUACCAGUGCACCCAGUGUGGGAAGAGCUUUAAUCAGUUAGGAACCCUAAAGACACACCAACGGAGUCACACAGGGGAGAGACCCUACCAGUGCACCCAGUGUGGGAAGAGCUUCAGAGUGUUAGGAAUCCUAAAGAGCCACCAGCGUAUUCACACAGGAGAGAGGCCCUACCAGUGCUCCCAGUGUGAGAAGAGCUUCAGAUAUUUAAGUCACCUGAAGAGACACCAGCGGAUUCACACAGGAGAGAGGCUUUACCAGUGCUCCCAGUGUGGGAAGAGCUUCAGUCAUUUAAAUCUGCUGAAGAGCCACCAGCAGUCUCACACAGGAGAGAGGCCCUACCAGUGCUCCCAGUGUGAGAAGAGCUUCAGUAUUUUAGGAAACCUAAAGACACACCAGCAGAUUCACACAGGAGAGAGGCCCUACCAGUGCUCCCACUGUGAGAAGAGCUUCAGAUAUUUAAGUCACCUGAAGGGACACCAGCGGAUUCACACAGGGGAGAGGCCCUACCAGUGCUCUCAAUGUGAGAAGAGCUUCAGUCAUUUAAGUCACCUGAAGAGACACCAGCGUAUUCACACAGGAGAGAGGCCCUACCAGUGCUCCCAGUGUGGGAAGAGCUUCAGACAUUUAAGUCAAAUGAAGACACACCAGUGGAUUCACACAGGGGAGAGACCCUACCAGUGCACCCAGUGUGGGAAGAGCUUCACAGUGUUAGGAAUCCUAAAGAGCCACCAGCGUAUUCACACAGGAGAGAGGCCCUACCAGUGCUCCCAGUGUGAGAAGAGCUUCAGAUAUUUAAGUCACCUGAAGAGACACCAGCGAAUUCACACAGGAGAGAGGCCCUACCAGUGCUCCCAGUGUGGGAAGAGCUUCAGUGAUUUAAGAAACCUAAAGAGCCACCAGCGGAUUCACACAGGAGAGAGGCCCUACCAGUGCUCCCAGUGUGGGAAGAGCUUCAGGUGCAGCGGAAACCUAAAGAUACACCAACGGAUUCACACAGGAGAGAGGCCCUACCAGUGCUCCCAGUGUGAGAAGAGCUUCAGUCAUUUAAGUCACCUGAAGACACACCAGCGGAUUCACACAGGAGAGAGGCCCUACCAGUGCUCCCAGUGUGGGAAGAGCUUCAGUGAUUUAAGAAACCUAAAGACACACCAGCGGAUUCACACAGGAGAGAAGCCCUACCAGUGCUCUCAGUGUGGGAAGAGCUUCAGUGAUUUAAGAAACCUAAAGACACACCAGCGGAUUCACACAGGAGAGAGGCCCUACCAGUGCUCUCAGUGUGAGAAGAGCUUCAGUCAGUCAGGAACCCUAAAGAAACACGAACUGAUUCACACAGGGGAGAGGCCCUACCAGUGCUCCCAGUGUGGAAACCGAUUUAAUGAGUUAAGAUGCCUAAAAAGACACCAGCGGAUUCACACAGGAGAGAGGCCCUACCAGUGCUCCCAGUGUGGGAAGAGCUUCAGUCAAUUAAGUCACCUGAAGACACACCAGCGGAUUCACACAGGAGAGAGGCCCUACCAGUGCUCCCAGUGUGGAAACGGAUUUAGUGAGUUAGGACCCCUAAAGAAGCACCAGCGGAUUCACACAGGAGAGAAGCCCUACCAGUGCUCCCAGUGUGGGAAGAGCUUCAGUGAUUUAAGAAACCUAAAGAAGCACCUGCGGAUUCACACAGGGGAGAGGCCCUACCAGUGCUCCCAGUGUGGAAACCGAUUUAAUGAGUUAAGAUGCCUAAAAAGACACCAGCGGAUUCACACAGGAGAGAGGCCCUACCAGUGCUCCCAGUGUGGGAAGAGCUUCAGUGAUUUAAGAAACCUAAAGACACACCAGCGGAUUCACACAGGAGAGAAGCCCUACCAGUGCUCUCAGUGUGGGAAGAGCUUCAGUCAAUUAAGUCACCUAAAGACACACCAGCGGAUUCACACAGGAGAGAGGCCCUACCAGUGCUCCCAGUGUGGAAACAGAUUUAAUGAGUUAAGAAGCCUAAAGAGACACCAGCGGAUUCACACAGGAGAGAGGCCCUACCAGUGCUCCCAGUGUGGGAAGAGCUUCAGUCAAUUAAGUCACCUGAAGACACACCAGCGGAUUCAUACAGGAGAGAGGCCCUACCAGUGCUCCCAGUGAUUUUCUUGAUUAGGAUACAUUGAGACGCACCACCAGACCCAUACAGUUCAGUCAGUCCAUUAAAUGUUUGUUCUUGAUUUUUUCUAAAUUGUAUUUCGGAAAUACCUGUAUGUUGGGUCCCCCUCAUUAGUCGUGUUGAUGUUUAGGAUUUGUUUGACAAAGAUUCAGAGGCAGUGUUUUUUAAUAGUUAGAAUAUAUUGUGAAGGUAGUCUUUGACUGCAAAGCAGUUUUAUAAACUGUUAAAUUGCACGGUUGUGUAUUUUACAGAAGAUGAUUCGGCUCACGUGAAACAGAAUUCAGAAUUUUAUUUCAGUAAACUUUUCUGUUUGAAAUAGCUCCCUGUUCGUAAGUCUAGAUAUGAUGACAGCUGAGCUAGGGCGUGGCCUCUGCUUCGUAAUGUCUCCACCUACUGAGACAUGUAUAGACAAUGGAUUGUAUUAGGUUACAUGUGUAAUACGUCACGAUUUGUGUGUAGGGGCCAUUUUACCAGGGAAUGUCGGAGAUGUCCGUCACACAGAUGCAUGAAGUUCUGUAUUUGUUUUCAAUGUUAAAGAAAGUUUCAUAUAAACUAAAUGUAUAGUGAGGGCUCAGGACUAUGAAAAGCUGUAUUUUGUUCAGGCAAAUGGGACUGAGGCAUUUCUUCGUAUCAUUUGAAGGACGUAAUCUAUCACACAGUUAACCAAAAAGUGUAAAUGCAGGCGCAAUGAGGCGCCGUAACACUAUCUUAAAUUUAUACAUGAAUUGCCAGCUUUGUGUUACAGUUGGGUGCCCAACAUAAACUCAAAAAAACUAAAAAAGAAACUUUAGAUAUACACUCAAUAAAUACAAAAGGGACCAGCGACUGCGACAUAGAUGAUUUGCAACCUCAAGUUCAUCAGUCGGUUCUCCCUUUUACAUGAGCUCAGUGGCUAUAAAAACUCCCACGAUUAGAUGAUAGAAAUGUACUUUGUCCUUAGGAACAAAACUAGCUAGUCUGACUUAUUAUUAAUGAAGGCUUCCAUAUAUGGCAAACCACAAGAUGCCACUGCCUGAGCAUGUCUGUUGCAAUUAAUUUAGAAUGACCUUGGGAGGCUAGCGAGUUAAUUUGGUGUUAGUGGAAAAUGACAAAAUUGGUAGCCUUCCUGCACAUUAAUUCGAUUCGAUGUUACGCCAUUUCCAGGUGUGUCGGUGCCCAGUAUGAAGCUAAUCGCCGCAUUAUAUGUAUGAAAAGAAGACAGAAUAGCAAAAAAAUUGAGAAAAAAUUCUACCUAGAUCACCACUAGAGGGAGCUCACACAUUCUGUCGUACUUGCCACAGUAACAACAGUAAUGUAUAGGAACAGAGUUAGAAGACAGUAGUUUAUAUAUAAAAAAUGCAGUUUCAUUAAUCUAAUUGGGUGGGCCCAGCUGUCAAUACCACCCAGACCUAACCAUAGGUCUGCCUCUGCGUCAGUCCAUCUACGAAACUGGACAGAAAAUUUACAACCGUUCUGUUUAAGUGGUUAUAUUUAAGGAAUGUCACAUUAGUAAAUUCACGCUUUACAUGAACAUCUGAAAUCGGCAGAGACAAAAUCGGCAGUACAGGCAGACCAAUGUCUUUGAAACUCCUUUUUCUUUCAGCACCCUCUUACUGCAAAACCUCAAUCCAAAGUACUCCAUGUUGUUCAUCUGUGUGAAACUGCAACAGAAGAGCUCUCUCCACUGGUUUUCUAAUUCACCAAGGGAACAGGAAGGCCCUCUUUUGGUAGGCUGCCUACUGCAGGCUCUCUUACCCGGGGUUGUAGGAUCUCCAGCUUACUCAAGUGACUCUGUAAGUCACAUUUGAUACUGUGUCCGGAAGCAGUCCAUGCUGCGCUUAGGAAUGACAUCUGUUUUAGUGUAGAAUUGUCUGUAGAAUUUACUGUAAAUUCUUAGCAAAAAAAAGCUGCCAGAAAAGUAUUGCAAAAUUGCUGUUAAUCACUGUAAAACCCCCAGCUCCAUGGGUGUCCCUACAGGUGGCUGCCCUUUGCUGCCAGGCUUGCUGUCACCUUUGUCUGUGCCCGUGUCAAGUAGAGCAAGAUGGGGUAGGUGAAAAGAGAAUUUCCCCAAGGAGAGUAACAAAGUAUCUUCAUGUCAUUUAGAAAAGAAUUACAAAAUGUCUUUUACAGGUUUUGUCGUAUGUAAAUUACAGCAAUUGUCUUUUUUAGACAGAAAAAUAACAACUGUAAUUUGGUUUAAAAUAUCUUGUAUUCUAUUCAUAUUAUAGAAGUUACCUGCCAUCUGGAAUUGGCAAUAAAUACUAUUAAUACUUCAUAAUACUGUAUGUUGUUGUAGAAUGCUUUUCAAGUUAAUUUUUGUUUUUUACAUUAGCAGCUAUGCAAUUCAUGCAUAUUGUUAAGUGCUUUAAAUGAGACUAGGACUAAAAUGACAGCCUGAGACAGAGACCCACAAAGAACAAACUCACAUUAACUGGAAAGAUGACAUUAACUUGUCAAUUUCAGGAUAAUAUUCACACCUGUCAGCCACUCGAUGGAAUUCAACUUAGUCAGAGUUGCAACAAAGUCAAGCAUUUUUAAAACUGACCAUAUUCUAGUUUUAAAGGCCCAAUUUGAAAUCAGGACUGGAAAUCUAUUAAGAACAACAUGACAUUAAUGUUAGAAUAAUGUUAUGAUAUUUUUUGCUGUUCCGUGUUAAUGCAAUAAAACAACUCUGGUCUAAUA